AUGGCCGAAAUAUUAUUGCCUCUAUUUGAGGUAUUAGGGAAUCAGUCAUCAAAGACAGAAGAUGUUCAAAGGGUAACAGAAGCCCUCAAAGAACAUUAUUCAAAUCCUGAUAUGAUUUUGGCAUAUUUUGAAAUUAUUCAGACAAAUCAAUCACCAACAAUACGUGGCGCAUCGUGCACAGCAUUACACGACUCUAUUAAAAUGCACUGGCCGAAUAUUGUCGAAAAUCCUCAAUUCAAAGAAGAAAUUAAAAAUUUAUUUCUUCAGGCAUUAACAAAGGAAACAAAUAUGAGAAACAGAAACCUAUUACUAGACUCAAUGAAUCCAAUUUUCAUGACAGAACUCGAUGAUUGGUCUCCAUUUUUGCAAUUUAUCGAAUCAAUUUACAACGACCCUCAAUAUUACUUCAUGACACUUGCAUCAUGCUUCGACAGUUUACCUUUCCAGGCUGUUGGUGCCUUUUUCAUUCCAAUUUGCCAAUUAAUUGAAAAUGUUUUCGAAGGAUCAGACGAAGGAGCAAUUAAAUUCGGCGCUGAGUUACUUACAGUCAUGUUUACAUUCCUCUCUGCUGAACCAGAGUCUAUGUUGCCUCUUUUCCAAGCAUUAAAUCAUUGUAUCAACAAUGCAUUGAAUUCAAACGCUUCUUACAUCAACAAUCUCAUUAACUCUUUAUCUAGUAUCAUAGAGAGUGCUCCAGAGUUUUGUUCUCCAGAAGAUUUAAUAACUCCUUUAUUUGCUGACGCUCAGAACGAAGAAAUACCUGCAUCCACACGUGUUUUACUUAUAGAUCCUAUUGUCGCAUGUGUAAAGCGUUAUCAGGAACAGCUUGAGUCAAUUUUCCCAGAUUGUAUCGCAUUAUCAUUGCAUUUAGCGAAAUUAUGCUUUGAAGAGAACGAAUGUUUCGAGGACCAGCGAAAUUGCUUCUUUUCAACUGUUCUUCUUGAAACUUUAGUUGAAUAUAUGGAUCCAAACGACUUUUUCGAGGAAUUUUGGGCCAACUUUGAAGAAGAUUCACCAGAAUUCUCCAUUGCUUUUGCUUGUGGUCUUAUUUCGUUCAUUGAAUACAUUCCAACUGUUGUUGCACUUCAUUUCAAAGAUAUUGCAGAGUUUUCUGUCAAUUUACUUGAAAAUGAGCAUCAUUGUUUCCAGGAUGCCGGUAUUUCAGUACUUAUGGAGUUAAUUGGAAGAGUUUCAGAACCAAUUUCUGAUUUUUCAAAUCAAAUCAUACAAGAUGUCAUCAAUUCAAUAGAUUCAAAUGCUGAUAAAGAUCCUUCAUUGAUUACCACAGCAUUUUCGUUCCUUGUUGAGUUUUUAUACAUUGUUCCUCUUGCAAUAGAAAAUCUCGAGCCAUUAUUCGAGAAAACAAUCUCAUAUGCGAAGGAAUUCAACUCAUCAUACACACAUCUCAUUAUUUCCUGCCUUGCAGCCCUUAUUUCCGCUGCAAGAUCUGAAGCUUAUCAUUUUGCACCGGCAGUACUCCCAAUUAUCAUGGAAGCCGCCGAGAUGCAAUCAGAAGAACACCAACUCAUACAAUCAGCAGGCAUAGAAGCACUUUCAACCUUAAUAAAAUUUGCUCCUCAAUCUGCAACAGAAAUAUACGACCAUUCGCUCAAUAUCUUUGUAGAGGCAUGCACACAGACCCAAGAUAUCCAACUCUACUGUUCUUCCAUCCUUGCAUUUCGUAAUAUUUCCCUUCAUCAAACUCCAGAGCUUCUCAAUGCCCUUCCAACCGUCAUCGACAGGGCCAUUUCCCUCCUUAAUGUCGAUACAGAUGACAGAACUCCAGGAGAUGAAACAUCAGCGAUGGUAGACGCAAGACAAGCUUCAUGUCAGUUUUUGGCCGAACUUGUGAAAAGACACAAAGACGUUGUAAUGCCGUCAAUGAGUCAGUUGGCCAAAAUUGCAGCGAGAUUGGUCGAUUUUGAUAACGAUGAUGUAUCGAAUAUCGCUUUGAAACUUGCUGUUCGCUGUUCUGUUGCUUUGAAUGAAGUUCCACAGAAGUUGAUUGGCCAUUUGGUCAAAGGACUUCAAUCUCAGAAGCAGAACUUAGUUUGUACUUGUUUCAAAGGUUUCGAAAAACUACUUAAAAACGGAGUUCCUACUGUUAUCAAAGAAAAUGAAGACACUCUUCAAGACGCAAUAAGGAAUGGCUUUGCUUUCUUCGAAGGAGGAUUACUCUGCCAGCACUCUACAACGAUGCAAGGUGAAGAUGAAGCAGAAACAGAGGAAGACCAAGGUGAAGAAAAUUUGAUAGAAAACAACGAUGUUGACUUGAAGGAUUCCGUGUUUUCCUUCUUCGCGACAUUGGCACAGUACAGACCAGCAGAUUUCCCAUUGGAAGAAUUCUGGAAAUACACUGAAUCUACGGAAGAAAACCCUGAUCUAAGAAUAGAAUGUAUCGGUGUUUUGACUGAAUUAUUUGCGGUUUACCAAAGUGAACUUCCCCCAGUUUACAAAACCGCCAUAAAAUCGGCCUUUUUCCAGUCAUUAACCAUCAUUGAAUUUACACGUCCUCCACAUCCAAUCGCUGCCAUUCGAUGUGCAAUUGAAGUACAAGGACAUGCCUCUCCUGAUGAACUCAAAUACGCGUUACAAGUAGCAUCAAAUGUCUUGGAAACAGAAAACGAAGGACAGUUGUAUUAUUGGCCAACUGUUGCUGCAACUAUUUCACUUCUCUUCACUUUGAUUAAGGUUUGUGGAUCACAAAUUGACUUAUCAGAGUUCAUUGAGAAAAUGCUUGCAUUAGCUCCAAGAUGUUUGGUUGAAGCUGAAUCAGAAAACAUUGUUUCGUCUGUUAUUAAUUUACCUGACGAAAUUAAACAGAUGCACGCAGAAUAUAUAGUAGAAAUACUAAGAUCUGCAUUGGAUAGAGGUGUGAAGAAAGGAAUAUCAGAAGGAACAGCACAAGCUGCUCAAAAUCUUCUUGAAUCAUUAUUGAAAUAA